AUGGAGAGCGUGGACUUGGUCGUGGUCGGCGCAGGAUGGAGUGGACUUGCGGCCAUCAAAACUUACCGCGAGGUGAAUCCCGAUGGCAAUGUGCUCCUGCUGGAGGCCGCCGACUCCGUCGGUGGAGUGUGGGCCAAGCAUCGCCUGUACAAGGGUCUCAAGUCCAACAACAUGCUGGGCACCUACGAAUUCAGUGAUUUCCCCAUGGAUGAGGCUACCUUUGGAGUCAAGCCCGGGGAACACAUCCCCGGUGAGAUCGUCCAACGCUACCUCGAGGCAUAUGCCGAGCGGUUUGGCUUCACCGAUCGCAUCCAAGUCGGCCACCGCGUCGAGAGCGCACAACACAAUCUGGACGGAACUUGGCAGCUGAAGGUGUCGCACGGGGAGGAACUGGCGACCAUUGAGACGAAGAAGCUGAUCGUUGCCACGGGCGUCACAUCGCAGGCAUAUCUGCCCACAUUUGAGGGUCAGGACGUCUUCGGAGCGCCCAUCUUCCACUGCCGGGACAUGCAACAGCACGAACCCGAGACCUUGAAAGCCGGUGAGCGAGUCACCGUGUUCGGCGGUACCAAGUCCGCCUGGGAUGCGGCCUACGCCUGUGCGACGUCCGGGAUGCAAGUCGACUGGGUCAUUCGCGAGUCCGGACAUGGGCCAAACUGGAUGGCGCCCCCGUAUGUGACGCCGCUGAAGAAGUGGCUGGAGAAGCUGGUAACCACCCGACUCCUGACUUGGUUCAGCCCCUGCAUUUGGGGAGAUGCCGAUGGAUAUACGCGUGUGCGCAGCUUCCUGCACGGAACGUGGCUGGGCCGUAAGAUCGUGGAUGCCUUCUGGGCCGUACUAGCCGACGACGUCGUGCAGCUCAACGGCUUCAACAAGCACCCCGAGGUGAAGAAGCUGCAGCCAUGGAUCAGCCCGUUCUGGAUUGCCUCCUCGCUCAGCAUCCUCAACUACCCCACUGAUUUCUUCGAUCUCAUCAAGGAUGGCACGAUCAAAGUACACAUUGCUGAGCUCGACCACCUCUCCGAUCAUAUGGUGCACCUGUCCACCGGCGAGGAGCUGAAAUCUACCGCUCUGAUCUGCUCGACAGGCUGGCGCGCUACUCCCAACCUGAAGUUCCUUCCGGAGGGCAUUGACCGCGAGCUCGGCUUCCCCUGGAGUAGUGACCCGUUGGAUGAAGAGAUGGUCAAGGCAGCCGACGAGGAGAUCCUUCGUCGAUUCCCCCGUCUGCGCGACCAGCCUACUCCCAAUCCCAACCGAGGCGGCAGCCCCCACCCAUUCCGACUGGCACGCUUCAUGGUGCCCCUCUCGCAAGUCAAGGACCGAUCACUCGCGUUCAUGGGCAUCACCAUGACCAUCAACACCACCAUCAUCGCUCAGACGCAAGCCCUCUGGAUUGCCGCAUACUUUGGCAACCAUCUCACCCCGACAGCCGUGGAGCAAUGCCCAGCGGCCGUCCGUGCGGCUUCCGACAUCAAAGUCGAGGAUGAUGCGGAGCUCAACCUGGCCUGGGAGACUGCGCUGCACACCGAGUUUGGCAAGUAUCGCUACCCUGGAGGCUUCGGUCGCCGCAAUCCUGACUUUGUCUUUGACGCACUUCCCUAUAUUGAUCUGAUGCUGCGGGAUCUUGGUCUGUCGCCCGGGCGUAAACAGGGAAUGCUGUCUCGAUGCCUCAGCCCUUAUGGUACGGAGGACUACACUGGAUUGGUGGAGGAGUGGAAGGCAAAGACGUCGGACAAGCCGUGA